AUGUCAUCACUUGCAUUUUAUAUUGGAAUAUAUGGCCUGACAAUGGCCAAAGAUCAUAGUAGGCUAAUAACAAUGGAUCAUGCAUUGUAUUCACAGAAAUUAAGAGUGAAAAGUCAAAGUUGGAGUUUUAAUCUAUACUCUGCAACCUGUGCAUUUGAAUAGAAAGGUAAGAUGUUACAUGCCGUAAUAAAGUAAGUAAAUUCUUCUUAAAGAAAGGAAAUCUCAGACGUUUGAACAAUUGCCACCCGUAGCUGAUAUUUCGUUCCUAUGAGAUUAGACCUUUCAUGAAUUAUCGUUGGUUGUCGCUUUCGAAAUCGUCAUGACUUCGUUUUUCACGACAACGGUAUAAAACUUUAAUUUUAAGCCAGGUGGUAAUAACUGCAACUGUAUCUUGUGGCACACAUUAGGAUGCGGAUAUCAUUUGUUCUUUUCACUCAAUAAUGAUUACUAUUUUACAUGCUCUGAUCAUAGACCAGUGACUUUCGACAUAAGCGGUAUGAUUUAUACCUUUAAAACAACGUAAAACAAAACCCUUUGGACACACGACAUGAAGCAUAAAUAGGAAAAGCCUCAGUUUUAAUCAAUAAAUAUUAGGAGACAGAUGCGUUUAACCAAAAUCUAACGAAAGAACUCUAAGUUUCUUCAGGAUGUUAAUAUACAAGAAUACCAAAUGUACUUUCACGAUUGGCUCUUACUUUAACUUUUCCAACAGGAGUCAAGUUAUUUUCAAACUAUUUUACGGACUAUUUUGUUUUAAUUUCCUAACUUUAUGCAAAUCAUUUUGAAACAAAAAGCGGAUAUACUAAGGAACGUGACUCUAAGCUUUUACCCAGAAUAGCAGAUUUUAGAUGCUAAACAUCAGAAAUAUGUAGAUCCUUGCUGUAGUCCUUCCGUUAUUUUGAUUUGUCGUAUACCAAUUACCAUAAGAACUUCCUUAAGCUGAAGAAUAUUUUAAUCAAAACUUAUUUAAGCGUAUUUUCCCUUUAACCAUUUUGUUGUCUUCGGAUAAAUGGAAGUAUAGAAUCUGGAUGAACAUUUUUUCCUUUAAAAAUGUUUGGAAAGAUAGAUUCAGUACAUGUUUCCAUGCAGUGUUAUAGAUGGGAACGGUAAAAUAAAUAUUGAACGGCGCGGGUUCAAACAGAAAAUGAAUUAUGAAUAUUUGGAUUUUAAAAAUCCUUUUUUAGUAAGUAGUAGAAAAGAAAGAGAAACAGAUUCUGUUUUUACACAGCUCAGUGAAAUGAAUACAGUAUAAAAUGCCUGAAAAACGCCUUUUGAAAAUGUUACAGUUCUCACUCUGUUUCAUCAGAUGGUAAGAGUAAAUAUUGCGGUUUUAAAAACAGGAUGUCUUAAAUCUAACAGCAUUACAUAAUCAUACAUUUUACAGAGCAGCUGUUCAGUAGUAGUUUCCAAUGGUACUUAUGAAAAGUAGAAUUUGAAGUUACUUUCUCUUUUGCCUAUUAUUGAACAUGUAAUGUUUCAACACGUCACGAGAACCUAUUGGAGAUUAGCCAAAUGAAUCUAAUUUAUUCAAAGUUCUAAGAAUCAAAAGCGAAAGCUGAUCAACUUAAUUUGGAACCAGUAAGCUAGUACUUGGUAAAGCGUAACUCGUAACUGUUAAUAAUAAUAUUUUCCUCACAAUCGAAAUUUAAAACAGGAUAGCGUUAAAAAUCGGUAUAACGACUUUCCAAAUGACAACAACACAGGAAAGCAUGUGUGGUACAGCAGUAAUAGCAAAUACCUCCUCCUCUUGUUUCGACAGUUUUUCGGAGAUCAUACCGAUAUUUUUCAAUCGCCUUAAACGAUUUCAGCCUUGAAAUUUUCACCACGAACUGAUCUGGAUUGAAGUUUGUCAAAAUGUAGUGUUUAGCAAAAUCGAUAUCACUAUGGCAGCAAUAAACAAAAAAAUGAAAUCAAUAAAAGCCGAAUUUUGCGCGAUCGAGACCUGCUACUGAAAAUCCGACACCAGGAACUUGAAGUGUGCUUAGCAAAUAACCUCCGUGAGAAGGAAAAAUUCUGUGUGUUUGAAUUCAAAUAAAACUCAAAUAUAUUUUAAACCUUAUAUUUUCAAUAGUCGUGAUGAAUUGUUUGAGAAAAACUUCUAAAUAACUUAAAUUGGUCUUAGGUGGCGUCAGAAUGGUUCUAAUGUCAACGAAAAGGUUUUUCUUUAUUGCUAUUGAAAAAUCCUGUUUUUCACCAAUCUAGGGCCUGUUUACAUGGAGGUGGGGGACCCCUAGGGUGAGGUGUCGGAUAAUUAUUUUAAUUUGAUCACGUUUACAUGAUAGGUGGGUUGACCCGCCAAGGCGGAUAACCCGGUCUGCCAGACCGGGUAACCCUCUCAGCCGGGGUCAAAUUUUGCCAUGUAAUCGUUUCAAGGUGGGGUAACCCGCUUAGCCGGGGUCGGAUUCGUGAUACAUCAAAUUCGCGCAAAUUUCACUUUGGAUAUGGCUUUCAAAUUCAAACAUACAGUUUUUGGCCUUCUAACGAAGGUUUUUCGUUAAACAUCCUACUUUAAUUUGGUGCCGAUUCUUAAGAAAAAAAAUCCUAUUAGGAAAUAUGGAAUACCUCAGACUGAAAUUUAAAAAGUAACAUCGAAGUUAGAUUUUUGCGAUUCCCUUUUAUAUGGAAUACCUCAGACUGUUCUCAAAAGUCAGUUCAGAAUGCAGAAGCAAGGGUUAUCACCUUAACAGGCAAAGAGAGCACAUCACCUCUAUUUAGAAGGGCUCCACUAGUUACCAGUUGAACAAAGUGUUAUUUUCGAGAUAUUAUUAAUAACUUUUAUUAUUCAUUCGAUAUAUUUCUAAAAGCACAGGCAUAAUUCACCAUAAUAAGUUACUGAUGACCAAAUUUGGAAGAAUUUUGUGUUUGAUGAGGAAAUGACGUCAAAAUGCAGCCCGCUAAAGGUUAAGGCACCGUUACUGAGAAGACCUGGGGACGAGCUGAGUUGUUUUGGUUGUGAAAAAAAAAGGCAGACAUUUCACUGUUUUCAAGAGUAAGAACUACAGCUGAAACUAGGCGAAAUAAUAGCUAAAAAUAUAGCAAAAACAGCAAGAAGACAGCUCAGAGGGCGCUAUCUGCUAUUUGGAGAAUAUUUGCGGAGCUGGACAAACCUAAACGUACACUAUCGAAGAUUAACUUAACAUCGAUGCAGGUAAGCCUUUUUAGCUAUGUUUUUAAACUAGGAAUUAUUUUGAUUGAAUAAUAAAGAAAUUAAUGAAUUCGGCUUUCGUUGGAUAUGAACAAUUAAGCAGAUCGAGGAGGGUGUUAUCGGCCUCGGUGGAUAACACCCUCCGAGAUCUGCUUAAUUCUUCAUGUCCUACGAAAGCCGAAUUCAUUAAUUGCUACAUAAGGCGCUGAAUAAUCUUCCUCCACUUUCCCUCUCUCGGAAUUAUUAAAGAGGUAAGUACCGAGUAGGAAUCUUAGAUCUUCUAAACUAAUCGCAUCGUCAAUAUGUCUUAUAAUUUAAAUGCGUAUGGUUACAGAGCCUUCUCAUCCCCGGCAAGGUAAGAAGUUUUGAUGUAUUUUUAUUUCUAUUUUAGUGCCCCGAAUAAAGAUCGUUAAAAUCCACAUACAAACCUUUAUGUUUCUGUUUGACCAUGAGUCAAGACAAUGCUGGUCAUCAAAUUGGAGACAUUUCGGUUAUGUACAAAUCGAUGAAGGAGGCAACGCUCAAUGGAUUUAACACCUCGUUUCAUUUUAAACAAAAUUACUUCAAGGACCAAAUUCCUAAAAAGUGUCUUAGCACCCGUAUGAAUUAAUUGUCUUUUGAAGUUUUACAGGGGAUGAUAAGAGGGUAAAACAGCACAGUGAAGUGGUCGGUAAUCAUAAUCCUGACACAUCAAAUCGAUCACUAGAAUGAAAAGGAAAAUAAUUAAAAUGAUUACAACGUUUUUUGUUUGCUUUUCAGGUCUUUUGGAACCUGACAUGCCAAAUAUCUGUUAGUACUUAUAAUUUCACCUUUGCUCUUUGUGGCCGACUGACCUUCAAAAGGAAAAUGGCAUCUGCGCGCAGACAUCUUGCUCUUUUUAUCUGUUUUGUGCAAUUCAUCGUCUGUCUGCUUGCGUCCAACUUGACCGCAACCUCCCAGGCUCGGAAGAGACCUUUGUAUAUAGGCUCGAUGGCACCUAUGACUGGAAAAAAAGCCUGGUGGGGAGCUGGAAUACCAUUAGCAAUCGAGAUGGCAUUUGAAGAUAUCAAUGCUAGAAAUGAUAUUCUAAAAGAGUACAGAUUACAGUUGGUUGCUCGUGAUACACAAGUAAGAUACAGGACCUAUAUCCACCAGACAAAUCACUAUCCAGUGGAUAAGUAGCAGGGAAAUCAAUAAGCGUUAUCCACUGGGUAGAGAUUAAUCCAUUGGAUAGUACUAUCUAACGUUUGAACAAUCAGGGCUGAUUUAUAGCUUUUACCUGCAAGUCAUCUUAUACCGCCUUUAGUUUUUCCUAUAACGGUUUGCCAUUUUUUCCCAGUGAUUUAAAAAACUGAAAAACUCACUAUAAAUACGGCUUUCCAACUUGUUAAGUAAAGGCUUAGACUAUAAAAUUUCCGCGUUCCCACUAAUUAUUGUCGCCAUCCAUGUUUGCCAUUUUGAUUAAAGAAAAACAGCAGCGUCAUCCUUGUAGCCGUGUUGCAAAAAAGACCCCUUAAUAAAUAGAAAAAAAAAAAAACAAAUAGUUUACGUAUUUUUACAUUCAAAUCAAGCUCAAGAAUUUGUAUUUUUAAUAUUCAGUAUUAUUUGUGACUUAUUUACCAACAGGGAGAUACAGGUCUUGGAAACAGAGUUUUCAACGAUUUCUUGACGGAGCGCCAAGUUCGUCUUAUUCUCGGUCCUUCAAGGUCUAACGUUGCAGAGUCCGCUGGUGCCACAGCCAUGUACUACAACAUUGUUCAGGUAAAUAAAUUUUCCCAUCAAACUAAAAUACCUUAAAAUACCGACCGAAAUGUUCAUAGGUGAACUCGAAGAUAACUAAUGGAAAAAAAAUUAAUUACCCGUUCUGACGUCUGACAGCGCGUGAAUAGGAAAGUGUUUGAAAUAUAUGUUGUAGUUCACUUAUAUCCUUGGAUUAAAUUUAAAUUGCGUUGUUUUCUGGUAUGGUAAUGUAUAGUAAUGAACUUGAAGACAAAAAUGAACAACAUACGUAUCUUGCUUGAAAUUCUGAUUAAACAUGUGAUCAUUGCUUUCUCUUUCCUUUGCAUCACUUUAGGUUUCUUCUGCAGCUGCCUCUGGUAAACUCUCCGAUAAAUCUCUUUUUCCGUACUUCUUUAGAACAGUUCCGACACUAUCCGAUAGCAGUCGUACCUUCAUAACGAUUGCAAAAAGGUUUAACUGGACAAGAGUAGCCAUUUUAUAUCAAAGCAGAGAGCUUUUUAUAUCUGUAAGUACCAUUUAAAUGGUUGUCAGUUUAAAACAAAUUCAAAGUUUAUUAAAAAGCAUAUUAUUGAUAAUUGAACAUUCACAUAUAUUAUUGUAUUCUAAACUGCCUCUUGUUUUUGUAUUAAUAUCAAGUGCCAUCUUUUUUGGAAAAAUUACAGGCGGCAACAAGUCUUAGAAGAGAGUGCAAUACAAAUAACGUUGAAGUGAUAUCGUACGGAAGCUUCUUAACGGAUCCAAAAAGUCAAAUUAAGCAUCUCAAGGUAAGGAAAAAGCCAAAAAUAACAAUCAAAUGUUUUCAAUGUUUUGUCCUUAUUAUUUGGAGUUUUAAGACUAUAUAUGAAGGCUUAGUCAAGCAGACGAUCCGUUAUAUUUUAAUAUAAUGUGUAGAUAAUAUUUUGCCAUCAUCUUAAACUAACACCGAUACAGGCAGUAGUAGCAUUGUAGGGAUGUCUUUGGCCUUUUUUGCGCAGGAAUCUUGUUAACUUGCGCGCGAAUACAGUAACUCGGGAUUGAAUCGUAUCUGUUUGUCGCCGGUGUUCUUGUAUUUGAUUGCUCUUCGAAAGCCAGGUAUCUGCUAUGCAACUGAAAGUAUCGCUUAGCUUUUUCAUCAUCGCAAAUAUCGUCUCUAGAAAGGACGCCGUCCAUGUCCCCUUGUGUCUCUUGCAUAGCUGGAAGAAGAGCGGGAGAGAUGAAAAUUAUCUUGUGUCUUAAGUAUAGCAUUCAGAUCAAUCAGCCGGUCUAUUCACAGCCUCCUCGUACUGAUGUAAAAAGAAAUCUCCAUUCAGUUUUCAAAGGAUAUACUUACUUGGCCGGAGUGAAUAUUUGCAGCUUUUAUCAAGGGUUCUUGAAUAGGACCAAGUAAUUACUGAUUAAUUAAAACUCAUGUUGCGGCUACCCUUUCCUAGAUGAAAAAGAUUCUUAACGUUAAAAACAACAGUUAAAUUACGAUGAUGAGAACCUCGAGAUGUUAAGGAUUUGCCUGUCUUUGCUAGCGUCAAUCAUUUGAUGGUCAAAUACUAUUACAUUCCGUUUGUUCCAUUCAAGUUGCAAUCUCGGUUCCUAAGCGGUAGCAAUACCCUUCACAAAUUCUAUGACCGGCAAUGUGACCGGCAUUUCCAUAAACGUAGGUUUCCAUCGUGAAUAACUCCAAAAGAUCCUCUUGGGUGGAGGCUGAAUGGUUUCUGAAGCUUGUUGUAUUAUCGAUCGAUUACCCAAGCCGUUUUCCCUGACCCAGUAAUUCCUGCAAUCAUGCAGGUGAAAGGACGUUCCAAUCGAAAUCGCUGUCACUUUCGUGGGAAAGGCUCACAGAGCGCCUUCAAGACCACCAUCACCACAUUUCUAUUGUUUUCGCUCCUCCACCACCACCACCACCGCCACCACCAACGCAGUUCUGUUGUUUUUCCACGUUCACAAGAAUAUUGUUGUUUAUGGUCAGUUAUGUGCUUAGUGACAAAAUGCUCCCGAAGAGUUAUGAAGAAGCUAUUAAACAAAUUUCAUGGGGAACACCAACCGUAAUAUUUUUUGGUGCCUUUUAUGCAGGCGCAAUUUUUUUUUUUUUUUCAAUUUUCAAACCGAGUCCAUCCUUGCCAUCUGUACCACCAGAAUACAGGAAAUGGUUUCAAUGCCUGCGUAUGGUCUAAAAAAAAAAUACAAAACUUGACCAUUGGUUUUGGAAUUUAUUUGAUGCGACGCAGGUGCGUAGCGGCAGUUUUUGAAGGUGUUCGCACAGGAAGAAAAGUUAGACCGCCGAAGGGACCCCAUACUUGGGGAAUCUGGGGGCAUGCUUCCUCAAAAAAGUUUUAGAUUCAGUGGCUCAUAAAUGUCAUUUCCUGCGUUUUCGACGGGACAUUUUAAAUAAAAGAAAACGAAGGAAAAUGCAAUAGUUAGUUGUAUAUGUUACCAAUCUCUAAUGUUAUCGGUAAGGUAAUGUUAUCUAGUUUUAUCAGUGUUCACGGAAAAAAGGUAGAGCGAUUUUCGUAUGACCUUGAAACGAAAACGCGCGAACAAAACAGAAACAACCAACGAACGCAAAUAGAGCGAUUUGAUUGGUGUAUGGGACGGAUACAAACGAGCGUGGCUUUUGGUUGGUUAAGAGAACGAUCAGGUGAAAAAACUUCAUGCCCGAGAACUUUCUAGAAAUCAAUCGGUUCUUCGCUUUGACGUCAUACUCAGCAACACGAUUGGCCAGUCGAACAAUACCUUGUCCAUAUUAGGGUUUUCUUUGGCGGGAAAACGAAGAGUCCAUGUUUUGAUCUUUUCAUCCAUUGGCUGAUAAAACAAAUAACGAACACUUACCAAGACCAUUUUUCAAGGUCAUACGAAAAUCGCUCUAAAACAGUGAUACCGCAUAAAGGAAGUUACAAGCAAAGGGCGACAUAGCCUGCAUGAAAGCCGUCUCUCCUGCAAAACUGCGAAACGUCCCUUAAGGCAAGGAGUAACGUCAGAGGCGGCUGUACUGUAUUUUACAGACUAAGGGCGAGACGUUUAUCCUUCAAGCGGGCAAAGACACCAAUAGAAUGCCAAAAAAAAAAAUCACUCACCCCUAUUUAACCAUAAAAUGCUUUCAGAAAAUAAAAAAAAAAACUUUCUUCUCCAUAUUUCACCCACACGCACGGGCGUAUGUGCGUAUAUGAACGCUUCGCUCCUGCGAAAUUCACGUUUUUGCUUUAUACAAAUUAUCAAAUAGCAUGACGUAGCUUCUUUAAUUUAUCCCUUGGAAAAAGGACUAAAAAUAACCUCACUUUACUAAAGGCAGUCAGUCAGUAAAGGCAACAUCUUAUCAAACAGACAACUCUUAAAGAAAACUAUACAGUGAAACCACACAGAUAAGUAAUACAAGGAUUGCAACAAGCUAAUCAUUGCUAAUUUAAAUGUAGAAGUUGUUACACGUUUUCGUCGGCAAAGCCUUAGAGGUUGUUUUUCUUUCAUCUGUCCGUAGGAUAUCGACGCAAGAAUUAUAUUUGGUUUCUUCAGUUUGUCAACGAGAACCAUGUGUGAGGUAAGAGAUUAAUACUAACGACGGUACUAAUGUUGCAUGGGUGAACCGUAGGACGCAACGUUUGUUAGAAGGGUUAGUGCUAAGCCAUGAUCAUAUCAUUACACUGCAGCAAAGGAAAGCAAACAGUGCAUUUAUAGUCUGCCACAAAAUAAGGCUACAAAUGAAUUCAUUUUCCUCAACGUCUUUAGGAACAUCGCCGUUUUUUUUCGAAAAUUUCUGUAUCACCCAAACGGUCCCGGUAGGACUAUAGCUCAGUCUGUAUAGCGCUUGACAGCAGAGUGGGAAUCCGCUGGACCGGGUCAAUACUCAGGUUCUUAAAUAACUGAGAAAUAAGUACUGCUUGCCCUCCAAACUGCUAGGCGUUCGCGUAGCUCACCUGAUGAGCCACGUAAAAUGAAGCCUCUAGCAGGAAACAAAAAAGUGUUCUCAGUUAUAUAUUAAUACUCUUGCGCUUUAAAAUACGUUGAGCUCGAAUAGAAGGUACGUUUUUAACAAACAUAAAUUCAAUUUUUACGUGUGUAUCACAAACAAGUUGCAGUCCAUCAAAUUCUAAUCACCUACCUCGUAAGCCAACGAUAGACCUAUUUAAGCCAACGAUAUAGUUCUUAACAUGGCAUUUUCAUUUUGUAUUCAAACGGUAGAUAAGGCACUAAAAAUAUUUCAGCUUUGAAUCCGAAAAUUAUAGGGAUAAAAAUUUAGCCAGGAAAAAGCAAAAUUCUAGGUGCACGGCCGUAAAUAACAUGAUGUUUGCAAGACAUUUUGAUCCGAAAAUAGAUCUCUAAUCGUCUUCCGAACAGAUACGGUUGGUGGAAGAGAACGUUAAAUGGAAUAAAUUUACAAGCAAAAGAUGCACGGCCGUAAAUAUGUUUGGGUGAUCCGCCAGAGCAAGUUAAAUGUAAAGGAGCAGAGCAAGUCAAUGAAGGAGCGAAAGGAAUAA